CCUCAAUUACGGUACAAAUUGUGUACACAAUGCUGUCGCUACCACUGAUUGCUCCGCGGGCGGACGCCAGUCUCUGGCCCUCCCACCACGCAACCAACCCUUUCCCCUCAGACGACCUCUCAACCUCCCCUCCAAACGCCCCAGCACACCAACAAGCCCAGCAACGGCGCCCAACCCAUCGCACAUCCACUCUCCUCGCAACUCUCACCCAGGAUGAAAACACCUUCGAGCAGCGCAAAGCAAACGUGCAACGCUUCGGCGCCGGCUGGAUCCGGCCCCCCGGCGUCGCCAAAACACUGCAAGCAAUCACAGACGAGGAGCUCGAGAAGCAGGAACAGGAAGUUAUGGCGCGCCGCGAGCAGGUCAUGAUGGACCUUGCUGCUGCACAGCAGGAGGCUGCGAAUGCAGAGGAAAGGCAGGAUAGGGAGGAGAUGGAGGAGGAGGAGAGGGAUUUGGAUGACGAUGUGCCUGAGGCGGAGGCGAGCGCGAGUGAGCUGUCUGCGAGCGAUGUCUCGAGUGAUGAGGAGGGGAGUGUGUCUGACACUGAGGAUGGCGCGCGAGAGCAGGAGAGUAUACCGUUCAAUGAGGACUCGUUUAUUGAGGGGAGCAUGGUUGAGGCGGAGGUUAGUGCGAUGCUGGAGCAGGAAGAAGCAGAGAUGGCAGGUGUGCUGCAGGACGAACGAGAUUUGGACGACGAUAUACCGGAGGCGGGGAGCUAUGAGCAUACCGACUCUGAAUUGGAGGACUCGAGUGAUGACGAUGCGGCAAGUCGACCGCCUGGGAUGAGCUCGGUGAGAACGACGCGCUCGAUGAGACGGAGCUCGGGGUUUCAGAGUGCGAGGCGCAGUUCUGGGAGACGUAGCUCUGGACGACGCAGCUCAGGCCUUCCAAGCACGGCAGGCGCACGGCAAAGCGUGGGCUUUGCACAAAGUAUGGGGCGGGGUAUCGACCUCGGAGCGAGUCUGGGCAAUGGGCGCAGCAGCUUCGGUAUUGAUGGCAGCAGCUCCAUCCUUGAAGGAAGCUCGUUCCUGAGGAGCUCGCCAGCUGCACAAAGGACGAACCUGAGAGACCAGUUCCUGAGGGCUGCGAGAGGAGGUCGAAGAGGAUGAGAAGACGGGAUAAUGUGGUACGAUUGAAUGAAGCUAUGAUUAUGCAUUGUAGAAACAGCCAGGAGGUAUUCACGUAUACCCAACCUCCUUUGGCGUCGAUAGAAAUGG